AUGGCGCAGAAUCGCCCCGCCGCUUUUAACACUCUCAGGAUGGGAGAGGUUAUUCGCGAGAAGGUCCAGGAUGGAAUCACUGGAGAAACGAGAGAUCUCCAGUACACUCAGUGCAAGAUUGUGGGUAACGGCUCUUUCGGUGUCGUCUUCCAGACCAAACUCUCGCCUUCAGGAGAAGAUGCGGCUAUUAAGCGUGUCCUCCAAGACAAGCGAUUCAAGAACCGAGAACUUCAGAUUAUGCGGAUUGUCCGGCACCCCAAUAUCGUGCAACUGAAGGCCUUUUACUACUCCAAUGGCGAACGUAAAGACGAGGUGUAUCUCAACCUCGUCCAGGAGUUCGUGCCCGAGACGGUCUACCGCGCGUCCCGCUUUUUCAACAAGAUGAAGACGACAAUGCCAAUCCUGGAAGUCAAGCUCUACAUCUACCAGCUUUUCCGCGCUCUCGCCUACAUACACUCUCAAGGCAUUUGCCAUCGCGACAUCAAGCCACAAAACCUCCUCUUGGACCCCACGUCGGGUAUUUUGAAGCUUUGCGAUUUCGGUAGCGCCAAGAUUUUGGUCGAGAACGAGCCAAAUGUGUCGUACAUCUGCUCACGAUACUACCGAGCGCCAGAACUCAUCUUCGGCGCUACGAACUACACCACCAAGAUCGACGUUUGGUCCACCGGCUGUGUGAUGGCCGAACUCAUGCUCGGACAACCUCUCUUCCCCGGAGAAUCAGGCAUCGACCAGCUUGUCGAGAUUAUCAAGGUUCUCGGCACGCCUACACGAGAGCAAAUCCGCACGAUGAACCCGAACUACAUGGAACACAAGUUCCCUCAGAUCAAGCCCCAUCCCUUUGCUAAGGUCUUUAGAAAGGCGGACGCGAAUGCGAUCGAUCUGAUCGCGCGCCUCCUCGAGUAUACCCCGACAGAGAGACAAGCUGCCGUCGAAGCCAUGAUUCAUCCGUUUUUUGACGAGCUGAGAGAUCCCAACACCAAACUACCCGACUCCCGCCACCAGAGCGGCGAAGUUCGAGACCUACCCCCUCUGUUCGACUUCACCCGUCAUGAACUUUCGAUUGCGCCGAACCUGAAUCAUCAGCUAGUGCCGCCUCACAUGAAGCCCGUCCUGGCUGGAAGGGGAUUGGACAUUGACAACUUCACCCCGAUCCCGAAGGCAGAUAUGAUGGCCAAACUGGAUUGA